AUGUAUGUUGAGGUGGAUUGUGAUGGAGAUCCUAAGGGCAAAGGUUGUAAUAAUAAAUUCGGUGCUUGUGGUGCUCAAUUUAUAUCUGCCUCAUGGGUAGAAUCUGAUAAACCACAGCCUGGAGAAUAUCCCCAUGAUGAUAAUCGAUAUACAUAUUUAAAUAUUACGGUUAGUACUCCUCAGAACCUACAAGCAAUCGGCAAAUUGGUAUUUAAUGAUGACAAUGGCCACCAUGAAGAACUUAUAGGAAAAGAUGCUAUAUGGGUUUAUGACGCGCAGAGUACCACAUACACAUCUUUAUGGUCAAUUGAUAGGAACAAUAAACCUAGCUAUGUAUGGGCUGAUGUUUGGGCUACAGUAUAUUGGGCAUGCAACACAGAAAAUCCAAAUUGUGCUUCCGAACAUUUACACUUACGG